AUGGGUAGAAAUGAAAAUUCAUUCAUUGUGGCUGAAAAUUCAUUCAUAAAGCCACAAAAUUUUUUAAAUUAUUCUUUAUAUUAUUUUGAAGUUAAAUGUAAAUUUGAAAAAGAACUAUAUAUGAGUAUUGGUCUUAGAAAUUGCAGUACGACCAAUUGUAUUUUCUAUUCGGCAAAAUUUGGUACAAUAAAUAACGAGAAAGAAGUAUUAUUUAAAUUUUCAUCUUCUACUUGGAAUAAUAAUGAUAUUUUUGGCUGUGGCAUAGUUUAUCCUCCAACUAAUAUGACGAAUGAAUUUCCUCGUAUUUUCUUUACACAAAAUGGAAAUCGAAUUGGUAAAGGUGUAUUAUUAAAGGACAAUUUCGAUUCAUAUAAACCGCGUGUUUUUUUGAACUGUUGUUCUGUUGAAGCUAAUUUUGGAAAUGAUUUGGAGACUAAACCAUUUGAAUAUGAUAUUUCAAAACAUUCAAUUCUUAAUGAAUUUUAUUGA